UUGCUAAUGUUUUUCUUUUGUGAAAUGCAGCUUAAAGCCUAGUGCAAGAGUUGAGGUAUAAAAGAAGAAAAAGCUCAAUUAUCGCAAUACCAUGGUGGAAGUUUGGUGGUCCCUUUUGGGUGCUGCUAUUCCAGCUGUUGUUGCAGGGCAAGCCUGGAGAAUUAAGAGAAGGCGGGAUGAGGAGCAGAGGAUUAAGAGUGCAAGGGGCCGGGAAAAGAGCUCAGAUGACAUAUUCGUUUGUGAAAGGGUUUGCACCUCAAAACGUAUGUUGAAGAAGGUUGGUGCUUUCUCUAAGGAUCCAAUCCCUGAUACUUGUGUCACUGUCUGCGGAGUCUCAGAACUCGAUGCAUGCACUGAUGCUUGUGCACGAACUGUUUGUGUCAAUCAGCAUCAUGUUCCAAACUGGAAUGAUGUUUGUCUUCGAAGAUGUCAAAGUGAAUGUCUUAAACUCUCUAGGACGUAGGAACCAUUGGAUUUUGUUUCUGAAAGGUUAAGGUGGUUGUUUAGUGUGCUGAAAUUGAUAGAAGCAGGAAUUGCUGUUAAUAUUUGAAAAAUAUUUAGCUUACUGCUUAAUCGAGUUUGUACUUUUUGCUUAAUUUUUUGAAUGAUUUUACAGAUAAUAUAUCCUCUGUUAAAAUUGCU